UUUCAGGUUGUUGCGGAGGACAGCAUAUGUUAUAGUAACAGCAGUAAUUGCCAUGAUGUUUCCAUUCUUCAAUCACUUUUUGGGUUUAAUAGGGGCAGCUUCUUUUUAUCCAUUAACUGUCUGCUUGCCUAUUGGUUUUCUAUCUUAAAUAGUAGCUGAAAUUAUGCCAGUUGCCUUGUAGAUUAGUAAAAACUGUGUGAGUACUAUUAAAUAAGGAUGAUCCUAUUUUCUAAAUGGAGAUUAUCUUCCAGUUAUUUCCACAAAUUUGAAAUGGUACAUGUAUUCUAUGUAUGGUGAUGGCCGAAGAACCAUAUUGUGAUUUUGCUCUUUUGCAUCACGCUGAACAUUUUGGUUGAAGGAUACUGUUGCUUACUACUGGUCUAUGUCAGAAUGGAGAGAAAAACUAAUAGCACAUUCUAUGAUGAUGUAGUUCAUAUAUAUCUCUAAUGUUUGAUUCAUGGGUCUUCUCAUGGGCUUAUUGUAAUAAAAUACCCAAUUAUACGGAUGUUUACAUAGACUAUUGGUUGUCUCUAAUGUUUGAAUGUGCAGGUAGCUAGAAGAACACUGCAAGUUAAGUUCAGUGGAAGACAUAGCAGCUGUUGUGAAUCAGAUAUUAGGAUAUCUAUGGAUAAUGGUGAUAAAAGUUUGGAUGAAUCUCCUGAGAUGGACGGAUGAGUAUAUCCGUGGAGUGAAUGAUUUUCUUGAUAAGACAUUUGAACGAGCCGCCCAAGAAAAUGAAAUAUUAUGCCCUUGCAAAAAGUGCAUGAAUCGCUAUUGGUAUUAUAAAAAUGUGGUGGAGGAUUAUUUAGUUGUUCAUGGAUUUGUUGAUGGUUAUACCAAAUGGGUUUUCCACGUGGAAGAUUUUUCCUCGAGAAAUACACCUCAUCCAAGCAAUGAUGAUGAAGGUUCUACUAUGCGGGACGAUAUUGAUGGACUACUUCAUGAUACAUUUAGAAAUAUAGAGGGUCAGGAAGGGGAUGAAGAAGGAGUUGGGGAAAGACUAUCUGAAGAUGCAAAGAAGUUUUUCAAAUUGCUGGAGGAAGGAAAACAAGAGUUAUAUCCGGGGUGUGAAAAUUUCAGUAAACUGAGUUUCACUAUUCGAUUGUACUUGCUUAAAUCCUUGCAUGGGUUGAGUAAUGUGGCUUUCUCCGAUUUGUCAGAUACUCUGUCAAGUAAGGACAUCUUUGUGGCUACAAGAAAAAGAAACUUGGCCGAGUAUACAAAAGCUCAUAUGACAAUACAAUUGAUAAAAUUGCUGAAAUGGAGAGAAUUCAAUCAACUCAGGAAAGUGAAGAUGGCAGUCAUUCAGUUGACGUUUUUGCAUCAGUCAUGGGACCUAAACAUCCAGGUCGCGUGAGAUUGUAUGAACGAGGGGCUACCAAGACUUUGUUAAAAGGGAAAAAAGGGAAUCUUGGAUCUUCUUCAGAUGCUGAUGAGAGGAUGCAGCAGAAAAUAGAGGAAAUGGAAGAGAGGAUGCAACAAAGAAUGCAUGAAAAGUUGAACAAACAAAAAGAUGCUAUGGAACAAAAUAUUACAAUGAACGUCAUCGCACGACUUCAGCGUCUGAACCCAGAUUUGCGACUUGAUCCUGACAUGUUAAGGUUCAGUGCACGUUCACCUGUAGAUGCUUCCUCUGCACAACAAGCUGCUGUUCAACUAAACAGUCGACCAUCUGCUGGUAGUAACAAUCAAGGUCAAUACGUACCAAAUGUUAUACAUCUUCUUCUAUUUCUUCUUAGAGCUUUAGUUAGACUGGUAUCACUUGUACAUCUUCUAUCUCUACUAUUAACCUCCAAAGUUUCAAUCGUUCUGGUGAAAUCUCACCUUCUAUAUGUCAACUUCCCAAUCUUGCUCAUCUCAACCUUGCAAAUAACCCUUUGUAGUAUGGAUCAUGAUAUGUUCAACUGCAAUAAGUUUUGUAAUACUAGUCAACUCUAUUUGAGACAAUA